UGCAAACAGCACACCUGCAGAGCGGCCUGAUUCUGAACGCAGUUGUUCAUGUUUUCUAUACCGCGGUGCAGCGCACUCUGCUUCCGACGCCUGGGCUUUCCUACACAACACUUCCUCCGCGCACAGUCGACCUCGAGACACAGCUUUGCGCAAAGACAUAAGCAAAGCGCAAUAUCCGCACAUGCAAAUGUCGCUCAGAAAUUCAGGAACUCGCUGCCGAACCUGACUCCAUGGGUAUAUGUCGUACCCACGACGCUACUGGUCCUGGGUGGGACGGGUGUGCUGGCAUACAACUACAACCAGCCGUUCCGGCAUACUGCGUUGGCCGUGGUACGAUGUUCUAGAAUAGCAGAGGCGGCUAUCCUUGGGGCGAUCGACUACAAGAUGGUGUUCACAAAGACAUACGAGUCGGAGGAGUCGCGAUUGGAGGCGUACUCGCAAUGCCACACACGCAGCGCACAACGAGUGCUCAGGGCACUUCUUGCCAACGGAGGCAUCUUCAUCAAGCUCGGCCAGCACAUGGCCUCGGUCGCAGUUCUUCCGCCUGAAUGGACCCGCACGAUGCGACCGUUACAAGACCAGUGCGAGCCGACGGAGUACGAAGACCUGGAGCGGAUGUUCGUGUCGGACAUUGGUGUCUCAAUAGCCGAGUACUUUGACGAGUUCGACCCGAAGCCGAUCGGAGUGGCGAGUCUGGCGCAGGUGCAUGUGGGGCGAUUGAAGGGGUCCGGGGAGAAGGUGGCGGUGAAGCUUCAGCACCCGCAUCUGCAGGAGUUCUGUGAGAUCGAUAUGGAGAUGGUCGAGGUCUCGUUAGGCUGGAUUCAGCACUGGUUCCCCGAGUUCGAGUUCACGUGGCUGGGGGAAGAGAUGCGGGAGAACUUGCCGAAAGAGAUGGACUUUGUGCACGAGAAGCGGAAUGCGGAGCGUGCUGCUGCGGAUUUCGAAAACGUCAGGACGUCCAUGUACAUCCCGAAGGUCAAGGAGGCCAGGAAGCGUAUCCUUGUGAUGGAGUACAUUCAGGGUGGGCGAGUGGACGACUUGGUGUACCUAUCGGAGCAUAACAUCGACCGGAACAAGGUGGCGCUGGAGCUGGCGAGGAUAUUUUGCCAGAUGGUGCACAUCAACGGGUGGUUCCAUGCCGACCCGCACCCAGGGAACCUGCUCAUCCGCCCGGCCCAACCGGAUUCGAAGUCCCCGUACAACUUUGAAAUCGUGCUUCUCGACCACGGCCUGUACUUCGACCUGGACACGGCGCUGCGAAUAAACUACAGCAAGUGGUGGCUCGCGCUGAUCGCACCCGCUUCGGAGCAGGUGGUCGCGGACCGCAAGAAGUACGCGAAGCUCGUCGGGAAUAUCGACGAGGACCUGUACCCCGUGUUUGAGGCAGCGAUCACAGGCCGUGCCGCCCUCGAAGGCUCGAGGACCAAGACCAGGUCUGAUUCCGACCCUGAAUCGGAUAAGAAAGGGGCGUUCAGCCGGGGCAGAAGCAUGAUUGACCUGUCGGCGCAGACGGAGGCGGAGAUGGAGGCGAUCCGGAAUGCGGUGGUUCAGCAGGAGGGGCUGCUGCUGUCGGUGUUUGAUGUGUUGAGGCGGGUGCCUCGGAGGGUGCUGAUGGUGCUGAAGCUGAACGAUCUGACGAGGAGUCUGGAUCGGGCGUUGGCGACGACGCACGCGAACAUCCGCGUGUUUUUGAUCACGGCAAAGUACUGCACGUUUGCGGUGUGGCUGGACGAGAGCGAGCGGCUGGUGUCGGAGAUGCGGAGGAAGGGCCUGUCAAGCAUGUCGUUGGGCCUGCUGUGGGACUACUUCUGGGUUUGGUGGCGUUAUGAGAAAAUGUAUCGCUCUCUUGAGCUUGUCGAGUGGUGGAUGGAUACCAGCGCGCAGCUGGUCACGGCAAAGGCAUGGAUGCGGGGCCUUCUCACCCAAGGUGGACUGCACGGGGCGCAUAGAGCGGCCGCGGGUCUUGCAUGAAGUCACGCGAUUUCGAUUCACGGCAUGGGAGAUGUUUACAAUACAGAAUUAGACUAGUCAGCGUACAAUCGGAUACAGUUCUGAAACGGACAUCGAUGAAAGCAGUGAGGUAGCAAGGGAGAGCAGAUGCGAGGAUGUAGAUUCGGGGUGGUCGUUCACUUCUUCAGUCGAGCGAAGAAUGUAUCAACGACGUCGCUGCUCUUCUUGAGCGUUUCCCACUGCUCUUGGCUCAGGGAAAUGCCCUUCUUUCCGGGCUUCAAGUCAUUGUCGUCGCCGUAAAAUUCUCGGAUGUCGAGGAAACUCACGCCCUUGAACUGGCGCACGGUGGCCCUCCUCUUCUUGCCCAAGUCCACAUAGCGCUCUCCCUCGCUGUUUACGCCGACCUUGAAAACGCUUGUGUCCACAUCCUCUUCUUCAUCUGGUGUUGGGAUUCUGGGCUUUUUGAUAGCUGGUGGUUUCGCAGCCUUGCUGGCUUUUGCCUUAGCCUCAGGCUUGGCCUUGGCCUUUGACUUUCUCGCCCGCUUAGGAUCGACCUCCUCCUCCUCUUCUCCCUCCUCGCUAUCGUCCUCAUACUGCCCCUUGGCAUUCUUGCCGCUCCGGCGUGCGGUCUGGAGUGGUCGUUCAGGGGAGCUCGCGGCUGCGCGUGGAGCGUCGCCCUCCUCGUCGCUCGAGAACGCGGCGGCUUUGCGUUUGACCAUUUUGGUCGCCGUUGCAGCUGUACAGAUGUGUGUAGACUCGUGGGGCGGGACGCGUCGGGCAACGAGAUUGGGAUGAUGCGCGUCGAGGACGCGUCGGAAUCAAUCAAGGACGCC